CCGAGCAUAUAGGGAGCAUAUUAUUGAAACCUGUUGUUGACAUUUUCGGUGACAUAACCCUCGAAAAUUGAAUCGCGCUGGUGGUGUUUGUAUAUUCCGUGCUCGCUUCGCGUUCUCGCGCGAUCUAUUUACUAGCUGUCAAAUUCUGAAGUUACGUUCAUCUAUUUAAUGCCUUGAUGCGUAUGCAGAUUGAUAGUGUUCUAAAGUGAAUACGUAUAUCCAUUGUUCUAAACAACAAUGCCACAAACAACCACCAUUGAAACAAUCACUAUUACCAGGCCAUUGAAGGUGAUAGCAUUCAUAUGUGGGAUAAUAGUUAUACUAUUGAUGAUAAUGGGUUUGGCAUCUACCGAUUGGUUAAUGGCACUGGGAUGGAGACAAGGUCUGUUUGCCCACUGUAUCGAAGAAGGUGCACCCACACCUUUGCCAUUUAACAUGCCAGAUCCAGCAGGAUGUUAUCAAGCCAGAGACACUGCUUACAUAAAAGCAGCUGCUGUAUUGUGCAUAGUAUGUUUAAUAACGGACAUUGCUGCAACAGUUCUCACAGGCCUUGGCUUGAGGUCACAAGAUAAUCGUGACAAGCACAAGUAUUAUAGAUUCGCAGUCUUCUGCAUGGGCUUUGCACUGAUAUCACUCUUGAUAGCAUUAGUGAUAUAUCCAGUGUGUUUUGCAGCAGAACUCAAUCUUGGAAAUCGGACAGUAUGGGAGUUCGGGUGGGCGUAUGGAGUUGGAUGGGGUGCAGCUAUAUUCUUGUUCGGCGGGGCCGUGUUGUUGUUAUGCGAUAAGGAGAGCGAGGAGAUUUAUUACAAAGAAAGGAAGAUCGUACGCGACGAUAUCGGUAGCGGUGGUUCAAUGAUUGGAAUGGGUCAUCAUGGUGGACGAAGUGGGACGCAAUUAGCCUAGUGGCAUUGCUCCCUGCCCGACGUUGUUCUCUAGGUGAUUAAUUUCUUCAUUUUCUGUCCUCACGUUUUGAUACAUUCAUGAAAAAAAAUGACGUACACACGUAUAAAGAGUGAAUGGUUUUUAUAUGUAGUCUACUUGUUACACCAGCAUGUAUCGGACAUAACCAUUACUUCGAUAUAGGAUGUACAAAACAUCUAAUCGAUCCAUCAUUUGGAUAUUUGACGAAAAAGGGUUUGCAACUUGACUGAGAUUUGAUUAAUUCACUCAUUGGUUACCAGUUUUUCCAAUCUCUCAUAUCAACAAUUUCGGGACCAUUGCUAUUUUAAGUUUACCAUAGUAUUAUGUUUUAUGUGUAUUAUACAACUACAAAUAUUUUUUAUAUAGUAUAUUUACAUUAUUUUUUAAAUUUACCAAUCAACUUUUGAUACCGGUACAAUGGUAGCAUCGAUGCUGCGUUAACUUAUCUGUGAAAAGAAAUCAAUUGAUACCAAUGCCGCAUUUACUAUUACUGUCUGAUUCUAAACAUAAUGGCAAGACAUACUUUUUUAAUAUUAACUUAUUCGAUUUACUAAUGCCUGUAAGCUGCGCGGUAAUUUUCACCGUGCCCCUAUUAACCGUUUUAUUAUCGUAUUUGGCUAGUUAUAAAAAUUAUUUAUGCUUUUUUUAACAGCAUACAGUACAUGUGUACUUAACGCAAUUUAACGCCACUUUGUUUACAAAACUCGGAACAAAAAUUCCAGCUACAAUCAGCUGCGAAGUAUGACGAAUUAAUACGAUAAUAAGUCAAGAACACUGCCUCUCAUUAGUCGAGUAAUAUAUCAUUGAUUCUUAUUUUCGUUUUCGCGUAAAACAUUGCAGCUUUGAGUUAGUUAAUAUUUAUUAUGUUUAGUAUAUUUUUUAUAUGUAGUAUGUACAUACACACGAACACGUACACAUACACUCAUACAUAUCUAUAUAUAUAUAUUAGACGUUAGUAAUUUAUUGUUCGCUUUCAUUUAUUUUUUUUUUUUUCUUACUAUUAUCGAAAGUGAUAUUUGCUUUAAUCAAAUGGUUUAUAUUAUCGUAAUGUUUACUAGUAUUUUUUGGUAAAACAUUACGAGAAAGUAAUGUUUCUAACUUAAUACUUCCACGUAUUCUGCAAUAAAUCUUGGCCAAAAAAUUGUUGUAAGUAAUAUAACUUGUGAUUACAUACACGCACAGAAACGUAUAUGAAUGAAACCACAAACAAUUCGAGUAAAAUCAAUCUUGAUUAUCGGAAUCUACAAAUAUUUAAAAAAAAAAAAAUCGCAUGCUUGGGCACACUUGGUCGAUUGUUACGAAUAAGAAUAUUUUUAACGAUUUUUAACAUAUUUUUCGAGAUAAAAUAAUACUUCUCAUCGGUUUAAGGAACCGUAAAAUUAUGCAAAAUGAUCCAAUUUGUGUACGUGCAUUUAUCGCGGUGUAAUUGUAAUCUAAUAACUAAAUCAUCAAUUUUUCUAUUACACGAAAUUUAUUAUUUUCGUAUUCGUACGUAUACGGGUACGUAUAUUCAUCCAAAAGUCUUCCUUUAUUUUUUAAUGAAACUACCAGAUGUGUUUUUUUUAUCAUACGAAACGUGCAAAUGCUACCUCUGAUCAAUUUUCAUUUCACAAGCGCGAUUAUUUUCAAGUUACGAGAUAUAUAAAUUUAAAGAAAAAGUGCAUUUUAAAGGUUAGGAAAGAAAAAAUGUUUUCCUGUAAUUCUUCCAAAAACAGACGAAACAGAUUUGAUUUAGUUUUAGAGGAAAUCAACUUUUGUUGUCCUUCCUGUACACCUCAUAGCAUAAGAUUAAGAUAUUUAAGUGUUCGUUUACACGAAAUAUUUAUUUUUACGCGUUACGUUAGUAAUAGCAGCAAUUUAUUUCCUUUUUUUUUUUUUUU